CGUACCGUGCGCGUGCGUGCAGCGCCGCCGGAUCAUGCGAAGGUGAAGGCAAUAGCCACCAUGCUCGUGCCACCCGAGAUGAUGGCUGCCCAAUCCAAGCUAGUAUACCAGAUGAACAAGUACUACAACGAACGUGUCGCCAACCGGAAGGCGCAGAUAGCCAAAACGAUCCACGAAGUUUGCAGGAUCGUUCAGGAUGUACUCAAAGAAGUGGAGCUACAGGAGCCGAGGUUUAUAUCCUCCCUGACGGAUUACAACGGUCGGUUCGACGGUCUAGAAGUUGUUUCGCCCCACGAGUUUGAAAUUAUCAUCUAUUUAAACCAGAUGGGAGUGUUGAACUUCGUCGACGACGGAUCUCUGCCAGGAUGCGCCGUGCUGAAGCUCAGCGACGGCAGAAAGCGAUCCAUGUCAUUAUGGGUGGAAUUCAUCACCGCCUCAGGAUAUCUGUCGGCGAGGAAAAUUAGGUCCCGGUUCCAGACGUUGGUAGCCCAAGCCUGCGAUAAGUGUUCUUACCGAGAUUGUGUGAAGAUGAUUGCCGAAACAACGGAAGUGAAACUGCGUAUCCGAGAACGUUAUAUUGUGCAAAUCACGCCGGCAUUCAAAUGCGCCGGCCUAUGGCCUCGAUCAGCUGCGCAUUGGCCUUUGCCCACGAUACCGUGGCCGCACCCGAACAUAGUGGCCGAAGUGAAAACGGAAGGGUUUGAUUUACUAUCGAAAGAGUGUUUAACGCUGCAAGGGAAAAAUUCUGCGAUGGAGGGAGACGCGUGGGUGUUGAGUUUCUUCGAAGCCGAGAACCGUUUACUGCAAGGCGGUUGCCGGAAAAAGUGCUUGAGUAUACUCAAGACUAUCAGAGAUAGACAUUUAGACUUGCCCGGGAACCCGGUAACUUGCUAUCAUAUGAAGACGCUAUUAUUGUAUGAAUGUGAGAAGCAUCCAAGAGAACACGAAUGGGACGAGGGUGCUAUAGGUGACAGGAUAAACGGGAUAUUCCUGCAACUGAUCUCUUCGCUCCAGUGUCGCCGGUGUCCGCACUACUUCCUACCCCACGUCGACCUGUUUAAAGGGAAGUCUCCAACUGCCAUGGAAAACGCUGCCAAGCAAGUGUGGCGGCUUACGCGGGAAAUGUUGACGAAUUCGCGAGCUUUCGAAAAGCUGUGAACCACAGUAGUAAAUAGCUUGUGAAGUGAGUGAAUUAGUGAUGUAUCGCUAAGUUAAUCCCCGAGUCAUUCUAGUUGUUAAAUCGGAUUAGAUUAUGUGCGUUAGAUUCUAAAGAGAUAAUGCGUGCGCGGUAGCUCUUUUAAAAGUGACUUUUUUCCCAAUUUAUACAUGCUCGUAGUUCGAGCUGUCGAAUAUUCCAUGUGGAUCGGACAGACUGUAAGUAGACGUGAUACUAUCUACUUUAGUAUUUUUUAUCAAACGAUGUCCCUUUUGGCACAGUUGACAAGUUGUUGGUAUUUGCGUUUCAAGAGUCGAAGUGAAGCGAUAAGCUUAUUUCCUAUUAGCGAUAUCACAUAAUAUAUUUGAAAAUUUCCAAUAAACUAUACUGUAUAAUUAAACAUAAAACGGGAUUUAAAUAAAUUUUUAUGGGUAUACCUUAAAAAUAAUCUCCAAAAUAAUAGCCGAAAUGCCAAUAGGAACUUGUAUGAUAAAAAAACUACGACACACUAGGUCCUAUCAAAUAUUAUUUGUGAUAUAAUGUAAAUAGCUUAAUUAAUUAUUGUUGUACAAUUUUAGUGAUAUUUAUUUCGAAAAAAAAAGCGAAAGUUCGUGUAUUUAUUUGACUGAAACUUUUAAAGUAGGUGUAUA